UUAGCAUGCUUUAAAAAUUGUCAUGGCAUGAAUAAAUUAUAGGUCAAAGGAAUAAAUAAAGUUUUGCCUCAAUUCAAUCUCACAUGUAAAUGCCUCAUUCAAAUGCUAUUCUUCAACGUAUAAACUCUUUUCUGUGCUUAUCAAACAGCUAAGUCAUCAUGCUAAGGUCAAGUUUGUAUGCUCUUCCAUUUCUCAUUCUAUAUGGUCUUAGAAAAUACGUCGAAAGUAAAUGGGGCAAAUGCAAAAAUAAAAUAAAAUUAGAUGGAAAAGUAGUUAUAAUUACUGGGGCGAAUUCAGGAAUUGGCUUAGCAGUAGCCGAAGAAUUGGCUGCCAGAAAUGCCACUGUUAUUUUUGCCUGCAGGGAUUUGAGGAGUGCCGAACUCGCUAUUGAAAGGAUUAGAAAAAUCAAGAGCUCAGCAAAUUUGAUACCUAUGGAGCUAGACCUAGCUUCGUUGAAAUCCAUUGAUAAUUUUGUCAUAAAAUUCAAAAGACAGUUUGACAGUCUAGAUAUUCUCAUCAAUAAUGCAGGAGUGUCUCAGCAAACGAAACGUGAAUUAACCAAGGAUAAUUUGGAGAUCCACUUUGGAGUAAAUUAUCUAGGCCACUUCUAUCUCACCAAUUCACUUCUCGAUAUCUUGGAAAAAUCACGACCCAGUAAAGUUAUAAUUGUUUCAUCCAAGCUCCACGAGAAAGGGCACAUACAUUUAGAUGAUCUUAAUUCAGUAACUCAAAGCAGUAAAAGUCUUUAUUCAAAUUCCAAAUUAGCAAACGUUUUCUUUUGUCAAGAAUUAGCUAGAAGGACACUUAAUAAAGGAAUAGAUAUAUUUGCAGUGUGCCCAGGGUGGGUAUAUACGAAUUUAUUUAGACACUAUAUAAAAUGGUAUCAUUAUGUCCUUUUAUCACCCAUUGCAUUCUUCUUUAUGAGGAGUGCAAAGCAAGGUGCACAAACAAUCGUUUAUUGUGCUACUGAACCUGGUUUACAAACUGGAAUAAUUUAUAGAGAUUGUAGGAUGUAUGAAUCCAAAUAUGAGUUCGAUCCUGUUGUUUCCACACAGUUAUGGACGAAGAGUGAAGAAAUUAUCGAGAAAAUCAAGGAACAACCCCAUUAGCUUAUCUAUUCAUUUUAAUUUAUAUUUUGUUAAAUAUCCAGGUUUUCUUUCGUUUUAAACGUUUGAAAAUUUAAAUGUUGGUUUGAGUGUUGAAUGAGUACCCUAAUAGAAACUAUUGUUUUAAAUAGAAUUAUAUGUAAUUGUUUCAAUAAAUAGUUUGUCAGA